UCUGGAAGCUCGUGUCGGGAUUUCUCGAACUGUCAGACCGUCUACAAAAGCGCGCAGCGCCAGAGCUCCGGCAGAUAACGAGACGAGGCGGGUGGACUGCGAUACAGAGGCGGCGAACACGUACUUCUCAGCGGGCUUCACUUCACAUUGAGGACCAAGAUGCCUGAAGCACAUGACCAACCAAUGGAGGAGGAGGCAGAAACCUUCGCAUUCCAAGCUGAGAUUGCUCAGCUGAUGUCGCUGAUCAUCAACACAUUCUAUUCCAACAAAGAAAUCUUUCUCAGGGAGUUAAUCUCCAACUCCUCAGAUGCACUGGACAAAAUCCGCUAUGAGAGCCUCACUGAUCCUACUAAGCUAGACACUGGCAAAGACCUAAAAAUUGAAGUAAUUCCCAACAAACAGGAGCGCACCCUCACCCUGAUCGACACAGGUAUCGGCAUGACCAAGGCUGACCUCAUCAACAACCUGGGCACCAUCGCAAAGUCUGGCACCAAGGCUUUCAUGGAGGCUCUGCAGGCCGGCGCUGACAUCUCUAUGAUCGGUCAGUUCGGCGUUGGCUUCUACUCUGCCUACCUGGUGGCUGAGAAGGUGACUGUGAUCACCAAGCACAAUGACGACGAGCAGUAUGCCUGGGAAUCAUCUGCUGGUGGCUCAUUCACAGUUAAAGUGGAUAACACUGAGCCAAUGGGGCGUGGCACUAAGGUGGUCCUGCACUUGAAAGAGGACCAGACAGAAUACCUUGAGGAGAGAAGAAUUAAGGAAAUUGUGAAAAAGCACUCGCAGUUUAUUGGCUAUCCCAUUACACUCUUUGUGGAGAAAGAGCGUGACAAGGAAGUGAGUGAUGAUGAGGCAGAGGAGGAGGAGAAGGAAAAAGACAAGGAUGAGGAGGAGAAGAGUGAGGACAAGCCUGACAUCGAAGAUGUUGGGUCAGAUGAGGAGCAAGACCAUGACAAGUCUUCAGAUAAGAAAAAGAAGAAGAAGAUCAAGGAAAAGUACAUUGAUCAGGAGGAGCUGAACAAGACCAAGCCUCUGUGGACCCGCAACCCCGAUGACAUCACUAAUGAAGAGUACGGAGAGUUCUACAAGAGUCUCACCAACGACUGGGAGGACCACCUGGCAGUCAAGCACUUUUCUGUAGAGGGUCAGCUGGAGUUCCGCGCCCUGCUCUUUGUGCCGCGGCGUGCUCCCUUCGACCUCUUUGAGAACAAGAAGAAGAAGAACAACAUUAAGCUCUACGUGCGCAGAGUCUUCAUUAUGGACAACUGUGAUGAGCUCAUUCCAGAAUAUCUCAAUUUCAUUAAGGGUGUGGUGGACUCUGAGGAUCUGCCUCUGAACAUCUCCAGAGAAAUGCUGCAGCAGAGCAAGAUCCUGAAGGUCAUCCGCAAGAACCUGGUCAAGAAGUGCCUUGAACUUUUCACUGAACUGUCUGAGGACAAGGACAACUACAAAAAGUAUUACGAGCAGUUCUCAAAGAACAUCAAGCUUGGCAUCCAUGAGGACUCACAGAAUAGGAAGAAGCUGGCUGAGUUGCUGCGAUACUACACCUCAGCCUCUGGAGAUGAGAUGGUUUCCCUCAAAGACUAUGUUACACGCAUGAAAGACAACCAGAAACACAUCUACUACAUCACUGGUGAGACCAAAGACCAGGUCGCCAACUCUGCUUUUGUGGAGCGCCUUCGCAAAGCUGGCCUGGAGGUCAUUUACAUGAUUGAGCCCAUUGACGAGUACUGUGUCCAGCAGCUCAAGGAGUUUGAGGGGAAGAACCUGGUUUCCGUGACCAAAGAGGGUCUGGAGCUCCCUGAGGAUGAGGAGGAGAAGAAGAAACAGGAAGAGAAGAAGACUCAGUUUGAGAACCUCUGCAAGAUCAUGAAGGACAUCUUGGAGAAGAAAGUAGAGAAGGUCACAGUCUCCAACCGCCUGGUCUCUUCUCCUUGCUGCAUCGUCACAAGCACCUACGGCUGGACGGCCAACAUGGAGAGGAUCAUGAAAGCCCAGGCGCUGAGAGAUAACUCCACCAUGGGCUACAUGGCUGCUAAAAAGCACCUUGAGAUCAACCCUGACCACCCCAUCGUGGAGACCCUGAGGCAGAAGGCAGAGGCUGAUAAGAAUGAUAAGUCCGUGAAGGACCUGGUCAUCCUCCUGUUUGAGACUGCGCUGCUGUCCUCAGGAUUUACCCUGGAUGACCCCCAGACCCACUCCAACCGCAUCUACAGGAUGAUCAAACUGGGUCUAGGUAUUGAUGAAGAUGACAUGACACCAGAGGAUGUUACCUCUGCACCUACUGAAGAAAUGCCUCCUCUUGAAGGAGAUGAUGAUGACACAUCCAGGAUGGAGGAAGUAGACUAAGCUUGUAUAUUUCUUGCUAUUGUUCAGAAGUAGUGUUCUAUAAAUUUUCAACUUUAUUGUUGUAUAUGAGCUUGGAAUGCCACCCCUCAAUACCUUCACUAUCUCUUUGCAUUGACUGGAAGCAGUGCAGAUAUAAAAACUAUUAGAACUUUAUUUUUUAAGUUGUCACAUUUUGUAUGUUCAGUUCGACCAAUGUCUAUGGUUUUGUAUUUGACAUCCUAAUGUUCUUUGUGUUUAACUGUAAAUAUAUUAGAAUUGAUACGGUUAUAUGAAAUGUUGGCGAAAAAUAAAAGUUUACCAUGUUA